AUUUAUUAAAGCCAACGCUUAUAAACUGUGAGACAAUAAAACUGUAGACAAAAAACACUCAAAACUCAUUCAAACAGACAAUCGGUCUCUCAAUCGGUGGCCACAGGAUAUCAUCAGCUGAUUGUCACCGCAAAGACAACACUCACAUUCUUCCGAAGACAACCCACCAAAAGCCGACGACAACAGCACAUCCAGAAGAAUGCUGUCAAACAGUCUGCGGCGUCUGAACCGCACGAAUCGGUUGAUAACAGUGGACGACAUAUCGGACAACCUGUUGGCCGGGCGGUCGGCCGCACACACCCAGUGCUGGAAGUACUUACAACAGGCCUCCUAUGACGCGGCUCUGGACCAGUCGGAGGCCAUUUGCCUGCGAGAGCCCGAACGGCCCGACGGCUUCGUCUUUAAGGCCAGAGCGCUCUUCAAACUGAAGCGUUACGAAGAGGCCGAAGAGGUUCUGCUUCACGUGAUGAAGAUCGCCGAACAGAACGAUCUGAUCCGCACAGAUGUCGAAGGAAUGGUUAAACUGAAGGAUGAGUUGGCCAACUCUCGGGUGGAGAUACUGCGCGAACAGAGCUUCCGGAACCCGAUGGACAUCGCGGAGAUGCACUGGAAUGACUACCACAAGCCUAUUCUCGAGUUGAUUGGCUUUGCGUCGCGAAUGCGCGGCGCCGGCGGUAGUCGAGGCGGUGGUGACGGUCGCCGCUCAGCGGCCGCAGACAUCGGCGAUCGCCCGAUGGAUGUGGACUUAGAGAUCGUGGACAUCAUUGGCGCCGAACGGGCCAAAGCUCUGUACCCGGAUUUGGUGAUCAAUUCGCCGCGCGCUAAGAGUACGCCCGUCAACAAGAAUGGCGGCGGCGGUGGUGCCGGCUAUACGGCCAGACGUCGCGCGGCCGGCGGCCACUCGAAUCUGGACAUUAGCGGCGAGUUUCCGACGCCAUCGCGAAACACAUCCAAAGAGGAGAGUAUCGCAAAGGACGUGGAGUUACGCACCGCUGGCCUAAAGACACAGUUGAUGUUAGCGGAGGAGAAGGCGCUGAAGAGCGACCAGAAGAACCGUAAACUCGAG